AUGAGCAGCGAAGGUGGCUCGCAAGAUGGUGCAAAAGUUUACUAUGCAGUUGACGGAAACUUAACAAAUUUGGCGCAUACCACCAACACUUUAAGGUAUUCGGAAUGGUUUGUGGUCGACCUCAUAAAUGCCUACCAGGUUCAAUAUAUCACAUUGUACAACAGGAAAAACUGCUCCCGCGAUUGUUUGAAUACAUCGAUUCGUGGGAAUUAUGAUCUGUGUGGGAUAGGUCCUGACCUCAAAUAUGCAGUUGCCUUUCAGCCAUUCAACGUCACGUGUAAUAACAGAAAUAAAUUCUCGAGAUUCGUCAUCAUACAGCAGUCCUUACAAAUCGAACAAGCUUACAAUACUUCAGAUCGCUACGUGCAUUUUUCUGAGCUGGAAGUCUACGCCGAUGACACAAUCCUGCAGUAUAACAACGUGGCCCUUAGAAAGCCAGCUUACAUGUCGAGCUUCAACUCCUCAGCCUGCUCUCCAAACAACUGCCUCGAUGGCGAAAAGACUACCUACUGCCUCCUAGCGCACAGUCCUUCGUCUUCAACCAUCGAGGAAUGGUUCGUAGUCGAUCUGAAGCGACAGUACCAGGUGCAGUAUGUUGCUCUCUACGCCCGUACUGAUUGCUGCUCAUUCGUUAUGGACUACUUUGUGGUAGGACUGGCGAACAAGUUCAACACGAGCGUCAACGCCGUCAACAGGGGCACGUACGAUCCCUGCGGAAGCUGGGCCACCACCGUCAAUCUCACCAUACAGCCAAUGAGAGUCGAGUGUCGAAAUAAAAAUAAUUACUACAGAUAUGUCAUCAUCCAACAAGAUGCGAGCAACAAAGCCAUCAAUAUGACUUUUGCCGAACUGGAGGUUUAUGGAGUGGAGAGCCCUGUGUAUAAUUACAAAGGUUGCUACGAGUCCUUUCAAGUGCAGUCUAUAUUUUACGAGUUCUCAUCUCUGGAUGUUUGUGUCAACCUCUGCAAAGAUUCUAAAACUCUCUACGCCACGAUCAAGGACUCUCUCUGUCUUUGUGGCACUUCAUCCGAUCUUCUUCCGUCUUCUUCCUGUUUUGAAAACUGUGACGGAAGUGGGAUCUGUCCGGAAACAAGUUUUUACGCUGUUUACACAACCUCGAUAAGCCCGGGCUACAUGGGUUGCUACACGGAUGUUGAUUAUGUCGAUAGUAACAGUGCCUCUUCAAGAACUAUUGAAAACUGCUUCCAAUAUUGCCUCGGAAAGAACUUCUCGUACGCGAAUCUCCAGAAUUCUAGGGAAUGUUACUGCGGAUAUCUGAUCGGGAACCAUGCACUGGCGUCCAACUGUGGUUGCAACAGUUACUGCGAUGGUAACGCGGCUGAAAUGUGUGGCGGUGUCGCAAGAAAAAACAGCUACUCUCGUAAAUAA